AUGGGGAGGGGGGUUCGAUGCAGGCACGACGAUUGGGUCAUCUGGCCUCGAGAGGUGACGAGAGAUGAGAUAGUUGCCCACUCUCACGUGGCCAAUGAGGAAGCAGUAUCAGGUUCAAGAGGGGGAUGGAAGAGAAUGGGUCCUUGCCCUUUUUGGAUGUUGACGAGGGUGUGUUGCGAAGAGAUGAUUGGUUCUUUUUUCAAUUCUCUUUCCAGCCAUAGUUACAAAAGCAAGCUUGCAAGUGUGAGAGCAAUAAUUAUUGGAGGCAUGAGAGUAGGAGAUAGCAACCGUUUGACUAAACAGUCGGAACGGCACAAUCGUUUGGGCCUAAUUGACGACAAUGGCACUUUCGUGAGGAAUCCACUUUCAGGCAGAGGCCAUUUCGUCAAGCUCGGACUGGAGGAGACCUUUUCUCAUGUCCUCUUCUUGCCGCCGUGCCUUGUUUCGAGAAGGAGAGGAGAACCAGUCGGAAAGUGGGCAAUUGUGUUGACCUUAUUUUGUUGA